AUGAUUUCCAUGAAGUACAGAGUCGUGAAUCUUCACCUCAGUGAUUUCAGGACAUCGAUCAUGCACUUAACUCUGCUUCUCCUAAUGUCGUGUUGUGGAGGUAAGUGAUGAACAAAACUCAACAAAAACCUCGAUCGUAGGUUAGAUUAAGAUUGAAAAAUAUACCCUACAACUUUUUAUUUGGAUGUUUUAUCGCAAUUCUCUUCAACUGACCAAAUGUUGUUUGUGGAAAUAAUGACAAAGUACGUCAUCAGACUAGAACAUUUCAUUCAUUCAUUCAUUGGGGGAUCUGGGAAAGUGCCGGGGGUUUACGCACAAGACAACGUGGCAGGGAGACCGAAGUGAAGAGAUAGGCUGAGUGGACCAGUGGGUGGCACUCUUCAGGGUUGACCUAACUUUGUAAAUGAUUGCUGACAGUAUCUAAGAAUAACUGAGGUGUAGGUAAGCCGUCUUCACCAGACAUUUAUCUGGCAUUUAGUCUGAGGAACCGCAGGUUUAAAUCAGGGCCGUGAUCUGGUUGUCUCUGAUUCAGUUUGACCAUGUGCCUCCUGGUCUGACAAUGAGUUGCAUUUCCCGAGAGCAUCAUGGAGCAGCACUGCCGAGGUUAAAUACAGGUUCACUUUUUUUCUACUUGACCUCUGACCUGUGGACUCCUGGUGUGGUUCAGUUCAUGUAGUUAAGUCAUACACAAUCUGGAAUCAAUCCACAGUGUUUUAUCCUGAAAGGAAACCAUGUUUUAAAACUGUUUUGGACUCAGACUCCCUGUGUCCUCGAUCGACCCCAUGCUGGUUCGUUAGAAAAUAAAAGUCUUGAACAUCUGCUGUGACGGGAAGCUGGGUGCCACACAGGAGCAGGAUGUUCUUGUGUUAAAUUCACAUGUACCUACAUACAUCUGCGGUUGCGUCACAUUAGCAGACUCAUGGUACAAGUAUCUGCCAGUCCUUGUCACCCCAACUUGUAAACAUUUGGACUUGCAGUUCUGUCCAAAUCUCAACAAUACCAGCAUGGACCACAACAACCGGUGUUGUGGUCCAGAGUUUGGUACCUUUACUUCCCCAUUCAACUAGACAGAACGAGGAGGAAAAAGUGUGAAUUCUGACUAAAACCUGGUUGUGGUCUUUCCCUUAGGUGACUCUCAGGCAGCUGCUCCAUCCAAACAAACAGUGGCAAUGCUCGGGGACGAUGUUGUUCUACCCUGUCACCUUGUGUCUGCUGGGAAUGCUGCUGACCUGACCGUGGAGUGGGCAAGGCCUGACCUAGACCCAAGGUUUGUCCUCUUCAGACGAGGAGGCAUAGAGCUCCAGCAUGAGAAACAUCCGACAUACAAGGGGAGAACAUCGCUGUCUGAAGACAAACUGAAGUGUGGAGACCUUUCACUGAAACUCUCCGGAGCGAAGCUCUCUGAUUCAGGAACAUACAGAUGCCUCGUUCCCACAACCGACACUGACUCUACAAUUCAGCUGACUGUAGGUAAGUUCACAUACUGACACAGUCCAUUACACUAACCCCCAAUGUCCACCACAUCUGCUGCAAAAAAGCCGUAUGCGCCGAUCGUCUCUGAUCAUUUCCAUUCAAGUUAAUGUGUCAAUUUUCACCGGCUUCUUUCCAUCAGCGAACUCCACAGCUGAUCGCAAGAGUCCUAUUUUUUCCGGACGCCAGAGCAUGCCAUAUAAAUUAAGCACGGAUUAGUCCGUUCAUUAAUUUCAGAGUAAACUCAUUCUCUUGCUUAACAGGUUAUUCUGGUUUACCAACCUUGUAGGGUCGUGUACCUUGUCUGGGAAAAUCCGUGUCUGUGCAAAUAAAGAGUCACCCCCAAUUUCCACCGAAACGGCAGCGAUUAUCACUGUCCGCCAAUUCCUACCAGAUAAAUUUGUGAGGCAAAUUUCGUAGCGGAUUAGUGGGAAUCGCGAGAACAAGAACAAGAACCCACUGAUUCACAUGCAAACACGGGAGAAAGAGUUUACUCUGAAAUUAAUGAAUGGAUUUGUAUGACAAAGAAGAGACACUACUGUGGAGACGUUGGGCACCAGAGUGAGACGAUAUUGGGUUAUGACAAAGCAAGGUAUUUGAAAAGCAAGAAUAGAAAUAUGUUGGCACAGAAAGUGUUCGAACAAGAGCUGCAUCUAUGCACAAGACAUCUAUGCACUUGAGAAGGACUCCAGGGAUUGAGACUGACCAAGUAGUACAUCAAAUGUCAUAUCUAAGACAACCUCUCUCCUCUUCUCAGGUUCGGUCUCCUCACCUUUCAUACAUAUGUCUUCAGUCGGCAACCGAGUCUUGUUAGACUGUAAGUCCAAGGCCUGGUAUCCUGAGCCAGAGGUUUUGUGGUUGGAUGAGGAAUCCAAACCUCUCUCUGCUGGAUCUACGAAGUCUGUCAAAGGUCCUGAUGGUCUCUAUACUGUCAGCAGCAAAUUGACUGUGGACCACACACAUGGCAACAGCUUCACCUGUAGAGUCCAACAGAGGAACAUCAACCAGACCAGAGAGGCACAGGUCCAUGUCCCAGGUAAAGAGGUGGUUCAUGAGGUAUUUUAGUCUUGACUUGGUGAUUUCCUGUUUCUCCUUGAAUCGUCAGUUUGUCAUGAUCUUUAUUUCAGAUGAACUCCUCAUGACCCAGUCCAAAUCUGCUGUUCGUAUCUCCAUCAUCGUGGUCAUCUGUGUCCUGUCCAUCGCUGCUGUUGUUCUUCUUCUAUGGAAAUGGGGACCAAACAAGAGUGAGUUGAAUCAAGUUCUGCUUCAGUAUCAGUUUUGUUUUCAGGUAAGAGAGGACAGCAAAACUUCUUGAACGGAGCUUUGCUGUCACCAAACUUUUGCCCCAUUGUUCUGAACCCUGUUCUCCAUAUAUGCUGUAGGAGAUAAGAUCCAUGAUGGUGAAGUCAUGAGGAUGUCAUUCGGAAAUGUUCUGGAGCUUCAGCCUCUGAUGGGUGGAGGAGGAGAUAGACUUCAGUCCGUGACAGUCCAUGAGAAGAUAAAGUAUUUAGACAGUACAAAGGCUAAACUUGAGGAGGAGUUAGGAAAGACUGAGGGGGAACUGAGACAUGUAGAAGAGGUGAUUACUAAACUGAUGGACCAGAAGAAGGAUCUGAAGAGCCAAAGAGAGAAAAUCAUCUUACUACAGCAGACAGACAUGGUGAAGAUAGCGGAGAACGAGAAGAAACUGAAGACACCCCCAAAAACAGGCAAAGAGCACAAAAAGAAAAAGCGUGAAGAUGCCAGCAAAGAUCUGGCAAAGAGAAAGAAAACACAUGAUGAUAUGUUAAAGGAAACAGAGAAACUACUGGAGAAAACUGAUGAUAUGAUCACGACCAUGACUGAGAGGAAGGGCAAACUGGAGAAAGACAAAGAGCAGAUCAGUAAAUACUUGACCGAGACAGAGAGACAAAGAGGAGAGGCUGAGAGCAAGUCAGAGGAGCUGAAGAAACAUCAGGCUGAAAAUGAACCUCAAUCAGAGGAGCAGAAGAAACCUCAGGCCGAAAACGAACCUCAACCAGAGGAACCAGAUGAAGAAGACAAACAGUUCCAUCAUCCGAGAACAAUGACUGACUGAGUUACCAAAUAUUCUUUAUCACACUCAGAAGGUGUUUUGUAUUAUUUGUGAUUCACAAAGUCAAUAGUUUUGUAGAUCCUACCUUUGUCCUCUUUUAAAACAUCUGACCACCUUUGUCCUCCUGGUUAUAUAUGGAAACAUCAAGUUAUGACAAAGAAUAUGAAAAUUCUCAAUAUCUAUCUAUUAUUUGUUCCCAUUUAAAGUUGUUAUUUUUUAGCUUUUUCAUUCUACAUAAUUUACUGUAUUUCACCUGAUCAGUUUUUAAAUUGAUGUUGAUCCGACUUUCUCAGGAAUACUUUGGAGUGUGUUUGAUGCAGUGAUACAGAAUGAUUCAGAAAUUUAUUUAAACCCUGAUUCUUUUUUAUAUUUACCUUUUUGAUGCCAGUAAACAUAUUUAAAAAUAUAUUACAUUUAUGGUGUUCAUUCACAAAUGAGUUGUUGUGUUGAGCCAUAAACAGUUUUUUUCUGAAAUGUAACAUUAGCUAAAAGCUGAAACUGUAUAAAAAUCUCCCAACUCUUCCAUGUUUAAGUUUUUGCUAGACUUUAUUUCUUAAAAAUGUUUUUUAUUAAUAAAUACACUUCAUUUUUAAAAGUGUUUGUUUCAUUUUGACUCUUUUAAAUGAAAAUGAAUGAAUGAAUGAUUUUAUUUCGAUAUAAUAUGACCGAAAGGGUGUAGGCUGAAGCAAUGCUUAUAAAGAUCCUCCCCUUAUACCAUACAUGGAGUACAUUAUACAGAUACACUCUCUUUAUAAAAUAUCAACACUUCAAUUCACUCUUCAAAUCAGAUAGAGUAAUGAACAUGCUUUACAUGUUACAUUCAUAAUCAGACAAUAUUAAGAAAUAACAUUAUUCUUGUACAGUCUCUUAAAGCUUACCAGAGUACUACAAUUUUCUAAUUUCUACCGGGCAGUCGUUUCAUCGACACACAAAAUUUUUGACAUUUGUUCGCACUUUUGGUUUCUGAAAUAAUCCUCAGCCUCUUAGGUUGUAAUUAGAGUCCUUCAGUUUAAACAGGUUCAGGACAUGUUGCAGUAAGAUUAGGUUUUUGUCUUUGUACAUGAUUUGUACAGUGAUGUAAUCUACUAGGUCUUUGAAUUUUAACAAAUUUAAGGAAGUACAUCAGGGAUGAGUUGAUUCACAGUAAUGUUUAUUGCAGAUGACUCUUACGGCUCGCUUUUGUAAAAGAAAUACUGGGUUUGUAUUUGUUUUUUAAGUGUUUCCCCAAAUCUUAAUGCGCUGACUAUGUUGUCUUUUUGUUUGAUCAGCUUUUUAAGUUAUCUCACCUCAUUUAUCAGGUCAAGCUGUUCAGCCUGCUUCUUGGCCACAACACUGACUUCCCCGGUCAGAAAGUUCAACGACAGCUUGAUCUCUUCCACAUCUUCUGAGUUCCCUACCUUCUCUGGUGGCUUGAUGCCGGCGUCGUCUGUCACUCUGCUGCGGGUCCGGUGUUGUUUGCCGCCGCCGCCCUGGUGAUGUUAGCUACCGCCGGUCGGUUGAUGUUAGCCGCCGCCGGCCGGGUGAUGUUAGCUACUACCGGCCUGGCAAUGUAAGCCACUGCCGGCCAGAUGAUGUAAGCUACUUCCGGUCGGGUGAUAUUAGCUGCCGCCGGCCAGGUAACGUUAGCCGCCGCCGUCCGGGUGAUAUUAGCCACGGCCGGCCAGCUAAUGUUAGCCGCCGCUGGCCACGUGAUAUAAGCCACCGCCGGCCGGGUGUUAUUACCUGCCGCCGGCCGGGUAAUGUUUGCUGCGUCGGCCGGGUUGUCUGCUGCGGACCCGGUGAUGUUAGCCGCCGCCGCCGGGCCUACCUCCGCAGGCCUGCUGAAGUUAGCCCCCGCAAUGUUCAAAUGUUCAACUUUCAGAUAUAAACUACACAGACAUUUGAACACUGCAUGUAAAUUAGUUAAAAAGUGAAGUUGGAGGUAAGUUAACACAAAAAUAAAGAUCUAUAAUCACUUCUUUUUAAAAAUACAGUUAUGAACUGGUAUAUACAGUAUCUGUGUUCAAACGAACCAGAGGAAUCAAAGUUGGAAUUAUACACACUUAUGAAAACCAUUUGGAAUUUUCAGUUUAGCAGCUUCCUUAUUCAAAAAUCUGUGUAACUGUGUCUCUGAUAUGGUAGAGUAGAGGUUUUCUUUGUGGAUCAGUAAAGUUCUUGUAUUAUAUUAUAAUGAGCAGCAGUGAUAGGACCAGUGUUAAAAUGUGAAAACAGUCUCAGGUGAUAAUGUGAGGGAUAAUCUGAUGAUAUAUACACUUUCUUUUUGAAAAGCGUUAAAAAUAUAUAAUCUUUCUGCUGUACUCACAAGAGUGAUCAGAUAACUAUCCCUGUAUUCCACCAUAAUUUAUUGCAGGGUAUAGAGAUGGUCACCAUUUAGUAAAUCAUUAUACUGAGGGAGUGUCUGGAGACAUUUGAUUACACUAUGAUUGUAUCCUUGAGUCUCUUCGGUCACAGCCUUCGACUCUCUGCAGAGUGGAAACAGAAUCUCAGCAGGUUUGUUGGAUUUUUUAAUUUAAUCAUCUUCUUUGCUUUUCCUUCUCAUAGUUAACUUCAUCUCUGUCUUUCAUAAAUCUGUAAAUAAACAAAGACUAAUGUUUUUAAAAAAACCCUUUCUGACUGUGACCAGUCUUUGCUGCCACCUGUCUGAACUUUACACUUUUGUACUCUCUCCUGAGGACAGACUUAAAAUCUGUGUUUGUGAAAAUAUUCUGAAAUUUCAACUUUGACUAAGAUUCAAAACCGUCAUUGUUCAGUCAUAAUCAAACAAUUUAUGUGAAUUCAUUUCUUCAACAAAACACUUUUCUCUUUGUACUUUGCUAUCUUGUAAUUUAUGGUCCCACUUGAAUGAUUCAACAGGAUUUAUUAUGGGGUACUUAUACUUAUCAGGUUGUUUAUUUCUAACUACAAAGCUCCUAAAGUUCAGUUUCAUUAUCACGACUACUUUACAAAUGUUGUCAUGUUCAGACAGGAUGUUUCACACCACGGAUGGACUUAAACUGACCCCCAGUGCCCUCUGGGUUUACUUUGUCCACAUCAUGUUGUUGCUUCUGCUACCUCACUGCUGUCAAGGUAACUCCACUGUAUGUUUAUUGAUACGUUUAUCAAGUAGGACAGAAUCCUGAUCACUUCCUUCAUUAGUUUAAGAGCCGUAAAUGAACAUCUCAAUUAAAGCUCAGCUUCAACGAUUGUGUCUGAUGGUUGAAUCAGUUCCUGAUUCCAAAUCUUAAAGAAGUGGAUUUCUUUUGUCCUACCUUUCUUAACUUCACAGUUUCUUCCCAGGUACCAUACAGGUCAUCGGUUCACCUCAGCCAAUAGUGGCAAAGGUUUGUGAUGACAUUAUUUUGCCGUGUCACCUUAAACCUGCCGUGGACGCUUCUUCCCAAACCGUGGAGUGGACGAGACAAGACCUGAAUCCUAGAUUUGUUCAUGUGAGGUGAUCUGGUGAAGAACUUCUGGAUGAUCAACAUCCAUCCUUUGUUGGGAGAACGUCUCUGUUCAUCAAAGAGCUGAAGUACGGAAACAUUUCACUGAAACUCUCCAACGUGAAGGUGUCUGACGCCUGGUUCACACUGGAAGCGCCGCGCGCGGAACGGAAGCGCCGCGCACAGAGUUUCAGAUCGGCGCCCAUGUUAACCUAUGAGACUGUUUACACUGCACGCGCGUGGAAGCGCCGCGCGCGGAACGGCUCGCGCUCUGGAGCGCGGGUGCUCCGCUUCUCUCUAUUUUCGGCGCGAGCCGCGAGCGCCGAUGUAAAGCUCAACAGAGCAGAUCGGACCAGACAGGAAGUCAGGAAGGAGAUGCGCGAGGAUCCGGUCAAUUUUCAAAAUAAAGUAAAUUUCAAUAAAUUAGAAAAGGAUUUACGGUGUUGCUUGUCAGUCUAUUUUUUUUUUACCGAUGAACACACACACACACACACACACACACACACACACACACGGAGGGAGAGCUGCAGAGAUUCAGUGAUGUUAUUGAGACAAAGAGGGGGGGGACUUUAUUACGAUACAGUCAAUAGCCUCGAGCUAACAAGGCUAUACAUACAACGGAGUCAACAGACUCCCCAAUUUAUUCGUCGUUUACCCCUAUAUAAUAAUUUAAAACAUUACUUGAAGAUGCUGUCAAUAUUUAAUUCAUGUAUGACGAAAUAAAAACGUAAAUAAAUAGUGAUUUACCCAUUUCUAAAGCGCUCGUAAGUGUGGAAAACUGAGGGCAGACGGAAACGGCCGAGCACUACCGGGCUCAGUCGAUGUCUGACCGGCAUGUCAGAGCGCAGCAGAAAGCGCUUCCUGUGUGAACAGCCAAGCGCGAGCCGGCGCUGCGCGCGCGCGCGGCGCUUCCGUUCCGCGCGCGGCGCUUCCUGUGUGAACCAGGCGUGACAGAGGAACCUACAGGUGCUUCAUUCCCAUAGUUGGAAUAGAUUCAACUGUUGAGCUUCUCGUGGGUAAGAGGACAUUUCUUCAUUUUAGUGUUCAUUUAUCAACAUAAAAACUUUAAAGUACACAGUCACUGUGAGGGUUGUGAUACUCAGCAUGGUUCUGUCUAUUAGACUUUGAUGACUAAAAUAAAGACAUGGUUAUUGUAAUACUCCAAACUUCACUCUGGAAAAAAGGACAUUAAUACUGUCAGUUUAUCACACACUUGACAACCAUUAUUUAUAAGACUCUAAACUUUGAUGCCAACACUGGCACUGUCUGUUAAAAGGUCCAGCUGAACCUGAACUUCAGUGUUAAUGGUUCAGUGAGUGUUUUACUGACCCUGGCCUUUACGGCUCCUGUGGAAACAUGGCAGUAUGUUUGAAAGGGAACCUGCAUCUGUGUAGAUGUAUAUGAGUCAUUAAAGAUUAAUAAAACAAAAAAAAAAGUUUGUUAACAGGCAACAAUACAGUAAACCUGCUGUGGAUCACCUUGGAACAAAGAGUUACCGGGCAUGUAACCUUGUUCAGGUGACACAGUGUAAACUGGGGUAUCAAGACUUACAUUCCUUCAGUGGAAAUGAGUGUGGAUUUAGUUUGAUAAUAACUGUCAUGAACCGAGGCACAGAGAGGAGGACUCAGUUGCACAAUAUCGUAUCAGUUUGUUCAAAAGACGAGGGUUUAUUGAAAAACAAGUAAAGGUCGGUACACAAAAGGCAGUCAGGUCAGGCAGAGGCAUCCAAAAACACAAGGCAAAAUGCAAGGUCUGAAUUAGACAGGCAAAGGUUAUACAGGGCUUGACAAAGACUAUGGAUAAUGCUGGAAUGAGACUAUGAAGUGCAACAUACUGGUGAUGAGACAGUGAGACACACAAUGUUAGAUAUAAGAGGUAAUGAGGGUGAUGGGAAACAGGUGGGGAGACACAAUCGGGCCACUCAGGUAUUCUUAGUGGGUGGAUGAGAAGUCCAAAACUCUCUCUCUUUAUUAUGAUCCUCAUUUCAGAUGAACUCCUCAUGACCAAGUCCAGUUAUGUUCGUAUCUCCAUCACUGUGGCCGUCUGUGUCCUGUCUAUCACUGUUGCUCUUCUUCUGUGGAAAUGUGGACCAAACAAGAGUGAGUUGAAAUUAGUUCUUACUCAUUUACCUGCUUCAGCAUCAGUUUUGUUUUCAGGAAAGUGGGGAGAAGGGCUCCAAGUCACCCAAUGAGAUCUUGACUUCUAUGUCAGACAAUAUUUGUUAUGGGUAUUAUCCAGUCUGUAUGAUGGUCACUUGCUAACUAAAUGCCUCAUGAUCUGAACCAGAAAGUAUUGAAGGAUAAUUGUACCUUUUCAGUCUUUAAACAGAUCUCUGCUGUCACUAAACCUCUGCUCCAUUACACUGAACCCUGUUCUUCAUGCUGUAGGAGAUAAGAAGAUCCAUGAUGGUGAAGCCAUGUGGAUGUCAUCAUUUGGAAAUGUUCUGGAGCUUCAGCCUCUGAUGGGUGGAGGAGGAGACGGACUUCAGUCCGUGACAGUCCAUGAGAAGAUAAAGUAUUUAGACAGUACAAAGGCUAAACUGGAGGAGGAGUUAGGAAAGACUGAGGGGGAACUGAAACAUGUAGAAGAGGUGAUUACUAAACUGGUGGACCAGAAGAAGGAUCUGAAGAACCAAAGAGAGAAAAUCAUCUCACUACAGCAGAAUGACAUGGUGAAGAUAGAGGAGAACAAGAAGAAACUGAAGACAACCCCAAAAACGGGCAAAGAUCACAAAAAGAAAAAGCUUGAAGAUGCCAGAGAAGAUCUGGCAAAGAGAAAGAAAACACAUGAUGAACUGUUAAAGGAAACAGAGAAACUACUGGAGAAAACUGAUGAUAUGAUCACGACCAUGACUGAGAGGAAGGGCAAACUGGAGAAAGACAAAGAGCAGAUCAGUAAAUAUUUGAAGGAGACAGAGAGACAAAGAGGAGAGGCUGAGAAGAAACAUCAGGAUGAAAACGAACCUCAAUCAGAGGAAACAGAUGGAGAAGACAGAGGAGACCCAACCUCUGUUUUAGAACAAUGA